AUGUAUGAUGGAAAUGGUGGCCACCAGAAAAAGCUGCUUUUACUGGCUGGUGUCAGGCCUCCUGCAAUUCCUGUGGAUGCUUUGGAGGCUCCAAAACCAGAUGCCUUCAUCUUCAAGAGCCUGGCCAAGUUAACAGAUGGAUUCAGGAAUAGCUGUUGUAUUAGAGAUUCCCUGCAGGACCUCCAGCACAAUUCUAGUUCACUCAGCGACUCCUGUUUACCUCAGCAACACUGCGAUGCUUGUUCUCAGACUGACAUCACUGGAGAGAUUGGGUUUGAUGACAAAACAAGACUCGUAGACAAAGUAAGACUGAACUGGCAAUAUGAAGAGGCCAAGAAAAGAGUUUCAAAUAUACAGCAGCAGCUGGCCUUGCUAGACAAUGAAUCUUGGCCAGGAAUGGCUGAAGCGGACAGGGACCGUCUUCAGCUCAUCAAAGAGAAGGAGGCUCUUCUUCAGGAGUUGCAGCUCAUCAGUCAGCAGAGACGAUCCCCAGAAGACAUUGCACGUUUGGAGGAAGAAAAAAGACGCUUGGAGGAUGAAAUUCAACGGGCUCGAGCCACGUCUGCUCAUGGGGCCACUGAAAGGAUACUGUUACAGGAAAAGAGAAGUUGUUUGCUUAUGCAACUAGAAGAAGCUACACGUUUAACCUCAUAUUUACACUCCCAGUUAAAAAGUCUGUCAGCUAGCACUCUCACAAUGUCCUCUGGCAGCAGCAGGGGAUCUCUGGCCUCCAGUCGAGGAUCCUUGGCCUCCAGCAGAGGCUCUCUCAGUUCGGUCAGCUUUACGGACAUCUAUGGCCUUCCACAGUACGACAAAUCAGACAGCGUUACAGACUACGGGCAGCAUUUACGCUUUGACAUAAUUCCCUUUGAGUCUUUCACAAAAGAUGUGCCAUACGCUGAUCCCAUUGGACACUCGAAUUUCAAUAAGCAGCGGAGGUCUCUGGAUACCCCGCAGUCCCUGGCAUCCCUGUCAUCGCGGUCCUCCUUGUCAUCCUUGUCCCCUCCAAGCUCACCUCUGGACACCCCGUUUCUCUCUGCGUCUCGAGAUUCUCCCUUGACUCAGAUGUCAGAAGGUUUUGAGGAGAUGGCAAGCAUAGGAGCCCUGGAAAUACUCAGGGCUCAGACCACGGCAUUGGGUGACGAUGAUACACAAGGAUCGAGUUCAUCUCAGACGUCCACUUACCCUGUGGACAGCGAAGGGCUGCGAGAAGUGGGACCGCAGCUGACUGCUGUGCAAACUGGUGGAGCUGUAACUCUGCGAGGAGACAGUGGAAGAAGAUCGGAGAGGAGAGCCAGGCGAGUUUCAGCAUGUCUCUCAGAUCAUUCACUGGCUAGUGACAGUGGCGUGUUUGAAGCUUUAAGCAAAAGGAAUGAAGAUCUGGAAGAGCCUGUUUAUGGUGAUGCUGCCAAUAGUGAAGAACCGCAAAUACAUGUUGGUUUUCUGCAUGACAGUGGAAAUGAAUGUCUGUUAGUCCAUGUGUUACAGCUGAAGAACUUCAGUAGUCUAGUUGUUAAAGAAAACUGCAAAAUUCAUGUGAGAGUUUAUUUGCCACCACUUGAGUCAGGCACACCAACCACUUACUGCUCUAGAGCUUUGGAAUUCCAAACUCCGUUAAUAUUUAAUGAAGUUUUCCGAAUCCCCGUGCAUUCGAGUGUUUUGAAAUUAAAAUCACUGCAGCUGUAUGUUUGUUCAGUUGACCAUCAGCAACAAGAAGAACUGUUGGGUAUUGCUCAGAUAAACCUGUCUGAUGCAGAGAGUUCUGGUGAGAUGCAGCUUCACUGGUAUACUGUUCAGAUCUUCACUGGUUCAGACCCCCAGAGAGCAAAGAACAAAAACCAGUGUGAAGAAAGUAUUCCCCGGUCUUCUGGAAAUGUAACUACAGUUAAAACAGAUGCAGUGACAGCCCUGCUAGCUAGGACCACCGCUCAGCUGGAAGCAGUUGAGAGAGAGUUGGCAGAAGAGAGAGUGAAACUGGAGUACACAGAGGAGGAAAUCCUGGAGAUGGAAAGAAAGGAAGAUCAGGCAGAAGCCGUAUCAGAAAGGAGUUGGCAAGCAGAAUCUGUUGACAGUGGAUGCAGUAACUGCACCCAGACUAGUCCUCCUUAUCCAGAGCCAUUUUGUGGGGAUUCAUUAGCUGGACACAUGUUUGCAACUCAAGCAGGCCAGUACAGUUCUGGAAAAAUGCAGCCUCCGCCACUAAAGGUGGAUAAGGAAACUAACACUGAGGAUCUGUUUCCUGAAGAAGUUGCUAUUCUUCCAAAAGAGAGAACUAGCCGCAGGCCACGGGGUUCUGCUUUUGUUCGCAGUAGCACUAUUGUUCGUUCCCAGACCUUCUCGCCUGGAGCACGAAGUCAAUAUGUUUGCAGACUGUAUCGCAGUGACAGUGACAGUUCAACUCUGCCAAGGAAAUCCCCUUUUGUCCGGAAUACAUUGGAGAGGCGUACUCUACGGUAUAAGCAGCAGUCCUGCAGAUCAUCUUUGGCUGAGCUUAUGGCAAGGACAUCCUUAGACCUGGAGCUGGAUCUCCAGGCAUCCAGAACUAGACAGAGACAGCUGAACGAGGAGAUAUGUGUUUUAAGAGAGUUGAGACAGCGUCUGGAAGAUGCCCAACUCAGAGGGCAGACGGAUCUACCCCACUGGGUCCUUCGGGAUGAGCGAUUCCGAAACUUGUUGAAGGAAGCAGAAAGGCAGACCAGGCAGACAAAAUUUGAACAUCACCAAGAGCAAGCAGCUGAAAAGAUGCUAAAGAAAGCAUCAAAAGAAAUAUACCAGUUGCGUGGGCAAAAUCAGAAGGAGCCUAUUCAGGUGCAGACUUUUAGAGAGAAGAUAGCUUUUUUUACAAGACCAAGGAUUAACAUACCUCCUCUGCCAGCUGAUGAUGUAUGACAUGUUGCAUUGUAAACAUGAAGUAUUUAUCGCUUUUAUUUUAAUGAAGUUAUUAGAUUAGCCAAGUUUCUUUAAAAAAAAAAGUGCAAAAGCUAAUAUACACGUUUUGU